AUGGUAUGGUAUAGCGAAGUCGGCCGCGUCGUGCUUCCAUCGCCGCCGUCGGGCAUCACGUUGAAGAUCAACGAGGAGGGCAAGUGCAUAGUGGCCAGGAUCAUGCACGGCGGUAUGAUUCACCGGCAAGCGACGCUGCAUGUCGGUGACGAAAUCCGCGAACUCAAUGGCAUCAGCGUGGCGAAUCAAUCAGUCGAAAGCUUGCAACGUUUGUUGCGCGACAUCCGUGGUUCCGUAACGUUCAAAAUCGUACCUAGCUACAGAAGCGCACCGCCAGCCUGCGAAGUGAUAUCCAAGGACGAUCACAACUGGUGGCAAGCGCGGUACAUCGCUCCUUUCCCGGUACUCGGUGGCUGUCAUUCGAGCGCGGGUCACCACACGCCGGGUGCCUCUGUCGCCGGUAUCAUUCCAUCGCCCGAACUUCAGGAAUGGCGGACCGCCUGUUUGGCGAUGGAGCACGUCAAAAACAGC